AUGGCUGAGUACUGGGCUGCUAGAUCAAGCGCCGAUGUUCUCUGUAGUAAGUGUCAAAUCUCGAUGAGUAUAGAGCAGAGACUCGACAUCAUCAAGGCGAUUCGGUCUGGCCCUAUUGACCCGGAUCCCAAGGCUCGGAAAAUGCUAGGGCUCCUAUAUCGCGUCUUUCACCAGUUGGUGUUGUUGCAUCACAAGUCGUAUACCCCGCUGGACCGCUGGCUCUUUAUUUUGCGCAGAUGGACUGGCGUGUUUCUGGGGUUUGUUGCGGAGGAAGACUAUGCUGCGCAUAUUCGACAAGUUCACGCCCAGGUUCUUCGGGAUGUUGAACCUGACGUUGCAAGCGAGUUGAUUCACAGGAUAGCGGAGUAUUUCUUGUUGGGGGAGAUGAAGGAGCUGGACUACGAGAAUGAGUUUAUUAGGGGUAAUGAUACGCGGGUCGAGGAUGCUCAGCUGCGACAGGUUAGGUGA